ACAGCCACUCCGCACUCACCAGAAUUGCCUCAUGCUGAGAUUUUAUUUUGUUUCUUAUUAAAACCUGGGUCAAAUUUUAUAUGAAGACCUGCUAACAUUCGAAAACAGUUGUUCAGUUGUUCCCUGAGAAUUUUUUACCAAAAUGUGUCCCUCAUAAAAACGUGUAAUUACAUAAGCCUUAUAAUUAUAUGAAAAUGUCAUUAUAUGGAAAUUCGAAUUAUAUGAAAAUAAGAUUCAUUUUCUUCUGAAUGUUUUGCAAAAAAAGAUGUUGCUUUUUAAAUUGUUAAUGGUCUGUAGGAGUUUCACUGCUGGCUGAACGAUGAAAGUAUUUGACCCUGGUGUGCUUGCUGUGAGAGUACUGCAUUAUAAAAAUCUACACCCCUUUCUGUGCAAAAACAGUUUGAGUAAUGUAAUACCAUUUCAGCUUAACAUGCAAGAAAAUUACUGCAACAGAGCAAUGAACUUCCAAAUUUGAUUUACAUGCAAACCAAUUGCUGUAACAUUGCGGGAAUGUAAAUCUGACACCUGAUUUCCAUCCAUCCAUCAUCUAUACACACUUAUUCCUGGUCAGGGUCGUGGGGGGUGCUGGAGCCUAUGCCAGGAUGCGUUGGGCGAGACACAGGAAUACACCCUGGACAGUUUGCAGGUUCACUGCCGGGCAACCUGUGUUGCAAUUUAAUGGAAUUCAGAAAUAAGGGAUAUCCUGGUAAUUUGGUAGUUUGCACAUUUUUCACUGUUACUUGGUUUUGAAUACAGCCAUUUAACAGGAGUUCUUCAUAUUUGGAGAAAAUUGGUUUGGUACAUUGACGAAACAUGUAUAAAUUAGAAUAUAAAACCCCCUCAUUGGUUGACUGCUUUUAAGUUACAGAACAUUGCAGUCGCAUGAAGGAUUGUAAAUAACCAUUUCCUCAAUGUCCAAAUUCUUUUUUUAACUAAACACAGAAAUCACAGGCUUUGUAUUUAUGAAUGUGAGUUCAACAAUACGACAAUAACAUUUCUUCAAGUGUAUAACUGAUGUAUGCUACUAGCCUAACUAAUGUAUCUGUGCUACUAGUACAGACUGAUUGUGAUUUGAAUCUGUGGUGGGUAAACGGAAAAGGGGUCGGACAUUUUGUCUUUCAGCAUGGGUCCUCAGUGAAGUCACACAUGAAAUGCACUCAAUGGAAUACACACAUUUACUGUGCAUUUCAGCAUAAAGCAGCAUGGUGCGCAUGAAAGCAUUUCCCUCCCUACAAACGCCUUGUGGGAAGAAGGCCAUAAUGUUGCAUGCCACAAAAAUAAAUAAAUAAAUAAAUUACCUUUUACAUUAUAAUGAAAUUCUGGAUAUAUGAAAAAAUAUAAUCAAUGUAAAACACAUUGACAACAUCAAAUACGUUAUAUACAAACAGUAGAAUGCAUAUACUUUUUUCUGGCAUCAUUAAAAAUAUUCAGGGGCUUAUUAGUACUCACUGUAUGUCUGCAGCAUGCAUAAACUGUGCAAGAGGACGCAGUGACUGCUGAGCAUCAGAUCUCAUAAUAUUUUUUUUUUGUUUGGGGGGGGGGGGGGGGCAGUGUGUAUGCAGGUUCGAUUUCUGCCAGUUAGGCCCUGAGUCAAUUAGUUCCUCAUCAUGAUAAACCAACUCUGGUACAUACCAAGAUAAAGUCCACAUACCACAGUACAUCAUAUGGAGACACAAAAUCAUGGACAAAAUCAUUCAUGAGCUUGUCAAGAUAUGUAACUAAAAUGUCAGACCACAUGAAUGGUGAACCUGUCCAGCAUUAUAAUAUAAAAUGCUGCUUUCAUGUUUCAUGUUGUUUUCAUGUAAUCACCAUGCUGUCCACUAGCUCUCUCUACUGGGAAAUCUGCUGAAUGGGAAUGAAAGUUACAGAAUGGAAAGUAAACUGUUAAUGAACUGUUUAAAAAAAUUAUGUUUGUGUAAAUUAAUAUCUGUACAGCUUAGCAGAAUUUAUGUUUACUAGUGUUUAAUGACCCAACUAGUGUUUAAUGCGCAAACAUGAAAUCUACAAAAAAUUAAAUACAAAUAAAUACAUUUUGAUUAAUUGAUGGUCAAGUUAGGUCAUGCUUUGUAGUCUGGAGACGGGAAGAAAAAAUAAAUGAGGAACAUUUUUAUACUUUUUAAGAAAAGAAAUAGCCAUCUUUUACUUUGGCUCUGUGUUCUGAGGUGCUCUGGUUUUAGCAGAACGAUCGGCUUCCUGUCGACUUUUGGACAUCGUAUCUAGGGGAUCAGAUACUAUAUUUUACAUACUUUAACCUUUUAGACAGAUGAGUAACUUGUACGACUUUUCUUCUUUCACACGGCUGUUUUUUGAUAAAAAUUCUCGGGUGUGAAAGGUGUUUUCAAUUUCACAGUCAUGGUCCAGCCGUUUAAAUUUUGAGCAGUAAGACAACUUCUUGGUGAACAGCAAGAGGAAAUAUCAUCUCAUGAUCAAUUAAAAAUAGUAAAUAAUAAUAAAGCUUUAGAAAAUGGGAGAAAUGCGACACAGGAAGCUAAUUGAGGAAGUCCACUGUUGUGCCAGUACAGUGUGACACAGAGUACUGAGGAGCAGCCUGUAGUUUUCUGACUAUGGAUUCCGCUAUCUUUAUUCUGCUUCUCUUUUUAGGUUGUCACUUAUCAAGGGGACAGGACAGAGUAGGCACAUCAGGAACGGUUUUGCUGCGAUUGUCUUUUGAUCCGUAUUUCAAUUAUUAUGAAAAGCUCUGUUGCAAAUUUUACCAAGGUGUUUGUCUUCCGUUUGUGGACAACAGAGGAUAUGCCGGUGACAUCUAUAAGGGAAGAAUAUCUCUAAUCGAAUACAGCGGAUGUAUGGAUGUGACAAUCUGGAAUUUACAAAAGUCAGACGGUGGACUGUACCGAUGUGCCAUAACUGAUUCACCCUAUCACGUUUACAAGGACUUCAUAGUUGUAAUACCAGACUCAGCCAAUCGACAGAGCCCACCGCUGCCCUCUCUGACCACCACCAGCCACACCACUGUCGCCACGGUGACCACGUCCGCCACACCUGUGGAAAGCCUCAGUGAUGUUCAGAGUAACGCAAGCUCAAGGUUUAAAACAGAUUUGUGGAUAACACUGGCUGCUGUCCUGGGUGCACUGAUGAUGCUCAUUCUUAUCAUCUCUGUCACUACCAUUGUGGUUCAUCGCAGAAAGAAAGACGAAAAGAAAAGUGGAACUGCUCCAUGUGAUAGGCCUUCCUCCUUCCGCACAGGCUCCACCUCCGAAGAUGUGAACUCCAUCGUCUACACCACAGUGAAUUUCCAGCCCCGCGAGGACCACGCUGGACUCUACGCUAACUGCAAGGUUCACAAGAGCCCGGCUGCGAGCGCUCUUCAGACCUACGGCCGUCCGGAUUCCACCGAUAGCGUAGAGUACUCCACACUAGCAGUCAGGCAGUAGUAGAGUGUUCAAGAAUGUCUCAAGGAAAUGGUACCACAGAUUCUUUAGGCUCACUGGUUACUCAGCUCAGUGUUCUUCCAGUCCUCUCUGCUUCUUAACUAUGGAAGCCUACAGUUUUGUAGCAGGAGUUCCUAGCAUGAUAUUGCACUACAGAUUGCCAGUUACCAAAAUGGUUAUGGUUAUGGCCUUGAAUACAUUUACAGAGGAAGCUAAACUGUUCUGGCUUGAAUGAUAGGAAGGCUGUGCGUUCAAUAUUUAGAAUGUGGAGUAGAGUAUCUGGUGAGUGUAAAGAAUCUCUAGUGGUUUGUGUGCUUUCCCAAAUGAUGGUAUGCAGUGCAUGAUUUUGACACUGAAAGAUACAAUGAAAGGUUACUGUAGGUGAUCAAUGAACUCCAUGAUUAUGAAAACGCUUACCUCACAUAAAUUAGCAAGACAUGAUAUAGCUUUGAAUGAUGUUGGUUAACAAUUCUAGUUUUAAAUACCUGCAUUUCAAGAACAUUGUGUCUGAGAAAUAAGGUGAAUUUUGGCAAAAUGCCCCUUGGUUAAACUAAUAUCAGGAAAAAUGAUGUACUUAAGACUCAAUUACCAGAAAAUAUUAACAUCCUUUAUUGGAAGUUAGAGAAGAUAUUAAGAAGUUGUCAAAAGCAUCCUUGAUUAAACUGCAACUUGACUAA